AUGCAAAGCCCUUCUUCCGAGGAUGAUGAAAUCCAGCGACAGCCGCAGGCAAGGAAACAACCUGAGGCAUGGGCAACUCACGACCCAGCCGAAUACGUCCAUAGCUCCGAUGAUGAGAGUCCUCACCUCAACCAAGAGAGACAGAUGAACCAGCCUUCAUCAGAGGAAAGCUCUGACGAUGAAGACUACGAAGAUGACGAGGACGGCGAACGCUCGACUCUCUUUUCCAACGAGGCUCUCGAAGAAACAAGGUCUGGGUAUAGAUCCAGAUUUGGGAUUAUGGAAACAGACAGACCGGGAAAAGAAGCUCAUGAACUCGAUGAUUUAUUCUCGCUUUCGGAACGACUUCCUACGACUGCAGGAUCCUCCAGUCAUGCCAGACAGGGUUCACGCUCGAAAAUGUCGAUCAAAGCUCGAUUCAUCGUUGCAGAUUUCAUACAGAAGUUCGUCAAGGCGUUGUAUGAAACGUCUGGCCAAGUGCUUUGGCACGGUGGUACGACCAUACAAAGACCCCAUCCAUACGUCCAGGUGAAACUCCUUGAAGAUACUCUUGAGCUCUACGCCACUCUGUUGCUGUCCGUAUCAACGACGGUCGUCAAUGACCCAGCGAGUGCCAAUGAAGAAGCUUAUGCGACACGUAUUCUGGUUGGAGCGGUCUUGGUCCAACAAUACAAGUUACAGAUCGCGCAUCUUCUUCCCCUAUAUUUAUCUGCGCAAUAUCCCUCAAGAAUCGCCUCUCUCUUGAACUCAUUGCAACAGAUCGAUCCACCAGACUUUUCACCCCAGCGACUUGGUCUUAAGACAAGGUCUGUAGGUAUAUCUUCAGUAGAUCAUGUCAUCGAUCUCUCAGAUAUACUUAAUGGGCCGAUAGAUAGUUUGAUACUCGACAACAUCAUGAUGCGUCUGGAUGUGAGGGAUGAGAUGAGGCUCCUGACCAAAUACGUACGACAUGGCCUUUAUCGCGAUGGUAACACUGCCAUGCGGAUGAUCGAGGCAGCGAUGUCAAAAAAGAACUUGGAUUAUAUCCACCGUGAUGGUUACAAGGCACGAAUCAAUGUGCCCUGGUGGUCAAUUCGGGAUUUCAUGAAUGAUCAAUACGGAGACAUAUCCUGA